AUGGAUCUACCUACUGGAGUGCUGGCUCUCACGUCGGUGGUGACCGACAUCCCGUACCUGCUGGACACCGGCAACGACGCCGGCGGGUACGCCAUUGCUCAGGCCCUGCACGCCACCUUCCACCAGAGGUACGACACCGGCGCCGGCGGCAUCGCCCGCUUGGUCAUCAUCGCCGUCGCCGUCUUCCUCUGUGGCACCGCCUGCAUCACCAGCAACUCCAGGAUGGGCUAUGCCUUCUCCAGGGAUGGGGCGAUGCCGUUCUCGCAUGUCCUGUACGCCACUUCAACGUCGUCUGGCUCUCCGUGUCCGUGGCGUUCGUCAUGGCCCUCACGGUGUGCAUGCGCUCUCAUCUCUCAACUUCUCAAGUACGUGUCUGCCAUGCAUGUGACCUCGCUGGGGAGCCAGGUGGCGUUCCAGACCAUGGUGUCCAUCGCGACGCUGGGUCUAUACAUCGCCUACGCGCUGCCCAUCUUGUUCCGCGUGACGACGGCGAGGAGGUCGUUCGUGCCAGGGCCGUUCCACCUCGGGAGAUUCGGCGUCGCCGUCGGCUCGGUGGGCGUGCUCUGGGUGGCCCUCGUCACCGUGCUCUUCUGCCUGCCGGUGGCGUACCCCGUCACCAAGGAGACAUUGAACUACACGCCGGUGGCCGUCGGCGGCGUGCUGGUGCUCAGCCUCGCCGCGUGGGUGCUCCACGCCCGGUUCUGGUUUUGA